CGAGCAUUCAGCACUGCUAAACAUCAAGACUUUCACCAACCUACCACAGACCCUCCAUAAGCACAACUCAAGACCUACAAUCAUGCAUUUGACGCCCACCAUCGUCGCCGUCCUGACUUCAGUCUCCCUCGCCAGAGCGACAGGCUGCUACUCCAAGGGCAGCGCAUACUGGGGCAGCGGAGACAACAUCGAGCGAGCCAAGGAGAACGCAAACAGGGCCUGUCACGGCAACCUGGGCGGCCGUGACUUCAACGCCGGCGAGGAGCGCAAGGCGUGUUUCAACAUCGCGGACAACAAGCGCGUCAACUUCAUCAUGUCGUACAAGCAGAAUGAUCCGAAGAGACAUAUGAGCACUGCCGACUGUAAUCGUCACCUUGGCGAUCUCAUCACUCGUUGCGAUCGCGGUGGAGAUGGGGAUGAUGGCAAGUGGUACUAUAGGUCGGAUCCGAAUGACGGCCGCUGCUAGGAGUCUUGAGGAUAUACAGAUACGCUCCUUUCGAGACAGACGUUGAGAUGAUCGCUGGUCAGAGGAGGAUUUGCUUUUCAUGUACCUACAAGCGUUAGCCCAGCACACAAAUGGGAGAAACCAGUUCGGAAUAG